UACCAGCAACACCAUCACGCCGACGACAAUUUCCAACCGACCGAAAAUUAGGAUGAAUACAACCGGAGACACCUCCACAUACCGUCGCGACACAGUGCGUACUCGCGCCUCACCUUCUUUGUCCCGGACGGUGGAUAUAUCCGCCCUAGACGCUUCCCUCACGCGCCGGGUCGAGGAGUUCCGGCAAUUGGAUCUGGGUCUGCGGCAGCAGGUUCAUGAGUUACGGGAUCAGUUGGUUACGGCGGAUAGAUUACUGCGAGAAAGCGAGCGCAGCCGGGCGUGGUGGAAGAAUAGGGUGCAAGUGCUGGAUGCACGGUGUCGGGAACAGGAGCGUGCGAUCAGGCAAUUGAAGUUGAAGACAGCGCAGUACGCAACCUAUGAUCCUGUGAAACAUGCUCUGGAGCUAAAAGUGUGUGCAGACUCGAGGAUCAACACGCCCUCGACCUCUCCCUCCGCGACCUCCCCAAACCAAAACCUCGUACCCGCACAGUCUCAAUUCAAACAUCCCUCCCCGCCUCCACCACUCAGUCCACCAACAUCUCCGCCGACCGCGAACGAGACACCGCAAUUGAACUGCUUAUCUCAACACUCUGGAACGUCGAACAUACCCUCUCCUCCCGCUCCUGUACCUGUCAUAUCCAUCUUCGACGAUUAUUAAGGAAGAAUCCGAUCACGGCGGAGGUGCUGGGGGGGUUGCGGCAUCCGCAUCAUAAGGAGCUGAAGAAGACGAGGUUGGUGAGGACGAAGAGGGAGUUCGAGGCGGUGGGGAAGGCUGUGGAGGGGUUAGUGGAGGACAAUGAUAUUAUGGAGGAGGAGCUGAGGAGGGAAUGGCUGAGGCCGGCUGAGUCUGGUGGUCAGGCAGAACCAGGAAGAGGGAGGAGUAGGGACAGUGAAGACUUAUGACAGAACCAUAAGAGAUACCCAAAAUACCAAUGAGAAGAGUGUGCAAAG